AUGGCCCCUUUCCGCGUUUCCUACGUGCCGCAGCUGCCGUGGGAGCUAUCCUUCUCUCCUCUGCUGGCCGGGGGCGCGCCCCCAUCAACGUCGCCGCGUUUGCCACUCUCACCGCGUAUCGACUCAGCACAGUCUAGCCCUCGUCUACCGCUAGUCUCCUCGACCUCUAUCGAAAGGACACCGACCCGGUCGCGCUUGAAACGAUCAAAGCUGCUACCGUCACCCACCCCAAAACCCACUGCUAGGCCCUCUCGCAGCCCCAUCCUCAACUUGAUCAAGCUUUUGGAGCGCAUGGACGAUGAUAUCUCCUGCGAGGUGCAGCGCGUCCGCGAGAGCAUCCGGGAGACACGGGCACUCGUGAAGGAGGUCAAGAGCGAGCAGAGACUUCGUUCGUCGGAGUUCCUCGCUCAGCGCGACAAGGAAGACAGGGAGACGAAGGGAAUCAACGAUGAAUUUUGGCUGGGAGUUUGA